UGAAGCAUCUGCAGGCAGACAAGGCAGAGCGCUUGGCUCCCAGCUCCUCCCAGCUCCUUCCAGCUCCUCCUGCCGCGAACGCCAACCCGCAGCAAAGAUGUGCAAAGGUCUGGCGGGGCUGCCCGCUUCCUGCCUGCGGAGCGCCAAGGACAUGAAGCACCGGCUGGGGGUGCUGCUGCAGAAGUCGGAUUCCGGUGAGCACGGCUCCGCCCACAGCAGGAGAGACAAGCUGGUGGUCUGUCCCAGGGUGAGCCAAGAGGAAGUCAAAAAGUGGGCCGAAUCACUGGAAAGCCUGAUCAGCCAUGAAUGCGGGCUGGCGGCGUUCAGGGCGUUCCUCCGGUCGGAGCACAGCGAGGAGAACGUAGAGUUCUGGCUCCGCUGUGAGGAGUACAAGCGAACCAGGUCGCCCUCAAAGCUGCGCCCCAAGGCCAUGAAGAUCUACGAGGAGUUCAUCUCGGUCCAGGCGACCCAGGAGGUCAACCUGGACUCCGGCACCAGGGAGCAGACCCGCAAGAACCUGCUGGCACCCACCGCCACCUGCUUUGACGAGGCCCAGAGGAAGAUCUUCCACCUGAUGGAGAAGGACUCCUACCGCCGCUUCCUCAAGUCUCGCUUCUACCUCGCGCUGGCCGACCCGUCGGGCGGUGCGUCUGAGAAGCAGCAAGGAGCCAAGCGCCCGGCGGACGGCCCCUCUCUGGCCCCCGGGUGCGCCUAACCUCGCGGGCGGGGCUGCAAGGCCGACUGCACCAGGGCCGCGGCACGGGCUGGUCUGUGGGCAGCGGGUGCCCGCACCGCAGCCUGGUGUCCGCACCGCAGCCCGGUGUCCGCACCGCCUCCCGUGCCGCUCACUAGAUGCAGUGUCUGUCCCGCGCUCCUCCCCAUCGUCUCCCGCAUUUUCUUAGAGGCCCUGCGAGCGAGUGGAGGGUGGUGGCAGCUCUCUCUGCUCAGCCGUUUGGCCUCAGGGCGGCCGGGGUGGGGUGAGUCCACGUCAUGUGACAGCCACUGGCUCCAGGUUUCUGUGAGCCAGGACUUCCUCCAUAGCUAGGUGUUUAGAUGAGUUUUCUCUAUUGUGUUCACGUAUGGGUACAUGUGUGUGCAUGCACAGACACACACGUUCCUGUAGGGUGGACGGAGAGGGCCAGGCGCUCAUCACUAGUGCAAGGUGCUGUGCGCCUCGGCUCUAAACCAGCCCUGGGAAGCGACAUUGGAAAAGGGAGCUCAUCUCUGUGAACCGAAGAGCCCCGGGUGUGGCUCUGAGCGGUGUCCUGCUCACUGCACCGCGGGGGGCGG